AUGUCAGGACUCCGUAUCUAUCCUCACGAUCCUUCUUCUUCCUCAAGCUCUAGCGAUCUAUCCAAUGAAGCUUUCUUCAGUACCGGUGGUUUGUUUCUCGAAUCACCAGGCGUUUCCUCUUCCUUCUUCGACUCGAUUUCCUCCAAAUGCGUUUGCUCCGUGGACUCCGAGCCGGUGCAUUUCACCGGUUACUGGAGAAAGCAAACCCGUCUCCGUUCCGGUAAGGACUUGAUGUUUCUGUCAGUGAGCUUGAGUAAAGACGAAUGUAAGGAUGCUUUGACGGAAAACGUCGAGAUUCGCGGCGAGGUAAACGGAAAACGGAGAGUUUUCGCUGGAGUGAGGAGAAACGGGACCAUGAACACACGGAAGCAUCUCUGGGCUGGUGCUGUAGCUGCCAUGGUUUCAAAAACUUUUUUAGCUCCACUUGAGAGAUUAAAGCUGGAAUAUACAGUUCGUGGUGAACAGAGGAAUUUGUUGGUGGUUGCUAAGACGAUUGCGACCACUCAAGGCUUUAAAGGAUUUUGGAAAGGUAAUUUGCUCAAUGUUCUCCGAACGGCUCCUUUCAAAGCUGUCAAUUUUUGUGCCUACGAUACGUACAGAAAGCAAUUGCUUAGAAUCGCUGGGAACGAAGAAGCAACCAACUUUGAACGAUUUGUUGCUGGAGCUGCUGCUGGGAUUACCGCUACUGUACUCUGCUUGCCACUCGACACUAUACGAACCAAACUAGUGGCUCGGGGUGGAGAAGCUUUGGGCGGGAUCGGAGGAGCUUUCAAGUAUAUGAUUCAAACCGAAGGAUUGUUAUCACUCUACAAGGGUCUAGUCCCGUCAAUAGCAAGCAUGGCUCUAUCCGGUGCAGUUUUUUAUGGCAUGUACGACAUCCUUAAAUCAUCCUAUCUGCAUACACCAGAAGGCCGGAAAAGACUCAAAGACAUGAAGCAGCAAGGACAAGAACUCAAUGCUCUUGACCGGCUCGAGUUAGGACCCAUCAGAACUCUCCUAUACGGUGCUAUAGCAGGUGCUUGUACUGAAGUAGCUACAUAUCCUUUCGAAGUAGUAAGACGACAACUUCAGAUGCAGGCGGGUAAAGACAAGCUGAAUGCUUUAGCUAUGGGAUUCAGUAUCAUUGAGAGAGGAGGGAUCCCGGCUUUAUACGCAGGACUUUUACCUAGCUUGCUUCAGGUAUUGCCUUCUGCUGCAAUAAGUUACUUUGUCUACGAGUGUAUGAAGAUAGUGCUUAAAGUAGAAUGA